AUGAGCAACACGAGAGACACUGCGGAGAGGCCCGUCGUGCUGGUCAGCGGCGAGGGGGAGAAGUUCACGGUGGACCGCCGGAUCGCUGAGCGGUCGCUGCUUCUGAAGAACUACCUGAACGACAUGCACGACGGUGCGAUGGCGCACGGUGACAGCGACGAGGACGACGAAGACGAUGACGAGGAUGAAGACGCUGAGGACGGAGGGGCUAUCGUGAUGCCCGUGCCGAACGUGCGGUCGUCUGUCUUGCAGAAAGUGAUCGAGUGGGCGGAACACCACAGGGACUCGACGUUCCCGGACGAGGAGGACGACGACUCGCGGAAGUCCGCGCCCGUCGACGCGUGGGACCGUGAGUUCCUCAAAGUCGACCAAGAGAUGCUCUACGAGAUCAUCCUUGCUGCAAACUACCUCAACAUCAAGCCGUUGCUCGACGCCGGUUGCAAAGUCGUCGCGGAGAUGAUCAGGGGCCGCUCCCCGGAGGAGAUCCGCCGCACUUUCAACAUCGUCAACGACUUCACCCCAGAGGAGGAGGCAGCGAUCAGACGGGAGAACGAGUGGGCUGAGGACCGCUGA